UGUGACGCUCCUUGUAGUGUAAGGUAAUCGUCUAACAUGUAGUAUUUUACAAAACUUGUAAAAUGUUAUUUAAAUGUGGGUGACGUUGGAAUAAUAGUUUUGUUUAUAAAUUUAUAAUAAUUAAUAACAGCUAUUAUGGAACAACAGCUUGUUUUUGCGGGAAUUUACGAGAGUACGACGAAUAUCUGGUUAGGUGCCCCCUUGUGAUUGAAGGCGGCGUGUGGCAAGUAUCUGAAACUUGACAGCCACGGGGAUUUGUGGCGCUAGAUCCCCGUAAGUUUCACCAAAACUCUUUGUGUCCUCUGGGUCUCAAACUAACUGGGAAUUACAGAGAGAUUGAUGAUUUUGGAUAGCAAACGCGUGCAUUAGAGAACAUUACCAAAGAGCACCAUCAAGUCCUGAUGCCCUGGGCCAGAUAUGGACCAGGUCACCUUCCGCAGUGACACUGUGCUCUCCGACGUCCACCUGCUGAUUCCCAAUGCACGCCACCUCAUGGUCCGCCUCAAUGCUGCAGGACAGCCAGUUUUUGUUUCCCGGUUCAAGAUUCUCCAGUGUUCCGAGGGCGUUUGCAGCCUGGAUGGAGGACAGGAGGGGGCGGGGGAGCAGAAUGAGACACAGACCCCCCCGCAAUCUCUUGUGGAUGAAGAUGGAGAUCUGGAUGUGGUCAGGAGGCCCAGGGAGAGUCGUACCUCUGAACCAGACCUUAGAAUUCGCGACAGAGUGAAUCCCACGAUCCUCAGCAGGGGCGAAGCCACGGAGCUGCAGUGGGUGGAUGAGGAGGAAUAUUCCAAAGACGUGAUUAAAAUCGAACAUACAAUGGCCACACCGUUAGAAGACGUAGGGAAGCAGGUGUGGCGUGGUGCCUUCUUGAUGGCCGACUUCAUCCUCUCCCAGCCGGAGCUAUUCAAAGGAUCCACGGCACUCGAACUCGGCGCUGGAAUGGGUUUCACCAGCCUGGCCAUGGCAACUGUUGCCAAGCGGGUCUACUGCACAGAUGUUGGCCGUGACCUUCUAGGCAUGUGUCAGAGGAACGUGGCUUUGAACAGGCAUCUCUUGGAGUCCGCAGGUGGUGAAGUCAAAGUGCGUGAAUUGGACUGGAUGGGAGACGAUUUCCCUUCAGAUGCGGCCUCCGAGUUUGGCUGGUCGGAAGAGGAGAUCGCGGACCUACACGACAGCACCACUGUGCUAAUAGCUGCUGAUUUGUGCUAUGAUGAGGAUCUCACGGACAGCUUGUUCCGGACACUGUAUAGAAUGACAAGCAACCUCCACCAGCCCAGCACCAUCUACCUGUCGAUUGAGAAGCGGCUGAAUUUCACCAUCCAGCACCUGGACAUUUCCUGCGAAGCUUACGACCACUUCCGCCGCUGUCUGAGAGACCUGGGAGGUCUGACUGACGGCAAGAUGAGAUUCUCCGUGGAGUCGGUGGAGACGCGCUUCCCGCAGUUCUUCGAAUAUGAGCGCGUGGAGCAGCUGGAGUUGUGGAAAGUAACAGCUUCAUUUGUUUCAUUAAAAAAAAGAGAAAAACCUGUAAUCCCUGUGCCAUUGGAAGGGGCACCGAGUCCCAGCACGCAAUAGAUUAAUUGCAGUACAUAAACUGUGACCCCUGGCUUUUGAAUUUGUGAAUGAAACGCAAAUUCGGCCAUUUUCCAGUUGGUAGCUGAGAACUAGGUGUGAUACCCUGGUGAUGCUUCCCUCUAUGCAAGUGAUGGCUGCGUUGAUAGAUAUAGCAUUUUAACACAUCUCAGAAGCCAGGCGCCGCGACCUCCGGAGGUACGAUCAGCAGCCCCUGUACCCCAGAGGACUCGGAUGUAGCGGACGGACGUCGACGCCGGAAUACUAACACAAGUGGAUGUUAACCUCCACAGCUUGCGUGGGUAAUUUUCCACUCAAACUUUUAAUGUUUUUUUUUUGCAGUGUGUAAUCUAUAGAGUUUGUUUAAAUAAUUAUGCAGUGGUUUUCCGUUUAAGGAUUGCUUUUGUUUGACUUGUUUUAGGAGGUUUGUCAUAGUUAAAAAAUCAAGUGAAACCGAGUAACAACUGUGUGAUAAACGUGAUUAUAUCACGAUUGUUUGUCGAUGCGUUUUGCAGUUUGUGUUUAUUUAACAAAGUGGCUUUGAUCGAGGUGACACAUUUUAAAAAGAAAUAACAUUUAAUAUUUAUUAAAGUGUACAAGAUUUGUGUGGUGGCUGGAUGUUUAUCAUUUGGUUGCAGAAAUGUAUAAAAUAUACAGUUUAGCUUUAGAUUAUUAAAUCAGCUGAACUUGUUCCCGGUUGCUUUUAUAUUCGUUUACUUUUCUUUUGGGGUAGAAAAUAAUCAUGUUAUUUACAGUACCAGUCAAAAGUCUGAACACGCCAACUUUUAAUGCAUUUGUCUCUGUUUUAGAUAUGCCAUUCAUCUUAUAGUAAACAACCUAGAGGUGAUGAAGUAAUACAUCUUAAAUAUUGCUAAAACCGA